AUGGAUCCCAGUAAGCAGGUUCGGAUUUUGCUUCUGAACGAAAUGGAGAAGCUGGAAAAGACCCUCUUCCGAGUGGAGCAAGGGUUCGAGCUGCAGUUCCGGUUGGGCCCCACGCUGCAGGGAAAGGCCGUGAACGUGCACACCAACUACCCGCUCCCCGGACAAGCCUUCCGCCGGGACCAGUUCCGCCCCCUGGAGUGGCAGCAUCCGUCGGGCAGAGAGGACGACUCGGACAAGCACUGUGCCCUUCACCUCCAGCAGGCGGGCUCCUUCCACUACUACUUCCUGGAAGGGAAUGAGAAGAGCGGUGGGGGGUACAUCGUUGUGGACCCCAUUUUACGGGUCGGUGCCGAUGACCGGCUGCUACCCCUGGACUGCGUCACCCUGCAGACCUUCCUCGCCAAGUGUCUGGGGCCCCUGGACGAGUGGGAGAGCCGGCUGCGGGUGGCGAAGGAAGCAGGUUACAACAUGAUUCAUCUCACGCCGUUGCAGGCCCUCGGAGAGUCGCGCUCAUGCUACUCCCUUGCUCACCAGCUGCAACUAAACCCUGACUUCUCAAGACCCAAUAAAAAGUACACCUGGGAUGACGUCGGGCAGCUGGUGCAAAAGCUGAAAAGGGAGUGGGGCAUGCUUUGCAUUACCGACGUUGUCUACAAUCACACCGCCGCCAACAGCCAGUGGCUCCAGCAGCACCCGGAGAGCGCCUACAACCUGGCCAACUCGCCGCACCUGAAGCCCGCCUGGGUGCUGGACCGCGCCCUGUGGCACCUGUCCUGCGACGUGGCCGCCGGCAGACACCAGGACCGCGGCGUGCCCGCGCUCAUCGAAAACGACCACCACAUGCAUUGCCUCCGGACGGUCAUCUGGGAGGACGUCUUCCCCAGGACGCGGCUCUGGGAGUUCUUCCAGGUGGACGUGGGCAGCGCCGUCCGGCAGUUCCGGGGACGCCUGGCCCACGGAAAGAGGGAGGCGGCGAGCCCCCCGGAUGCCCAGCGGCACCUGGAGAUCCUCCAGGACCCCGAGUACCGGCGGCUGAGCUGUGCUGUGGACAUGGACCUCGCCCUGGCCACCUUCAUCCCCCGCAACGACGGGCCGGCCGCCCUGGACGAGUGCUGCGGCUGGUUCCGGAAGAGACUGGAGGAGUUAAACGCGGAGAAGCGCCAGCUCAUCCACUCCCACCAGGAGCAGGCCGUGAACUGCAUCCUGGGCAACGUGCUCUACGAACGCCUGGCCGGCCACGGCCCCAAGCUCGGACCCAUCACCAGGAAAGACCCCUUGGUCACCAGGUACUUCACGUUCCCUUUUGAGGAGUCCAGCGUGUCCGCGGAGGAGGCCCUGGCGCACCUGCCCCAGAAGGCGUGCUUCCUGAUGGCACACAACGGCUGGGUCAUGGGCGACGACCCGCUCCGGAACUUCGCCGAGCCGGGGUCCAACGUGUACCUGCGGAGGGAGCUGAUCUGCUGGGGGGACAGCGUGAAGCUGCGCUACGGGCAGACGCCGGAGGACUGCCCGUACCUCUGGGCCCACAUGAGGAAGUACACGGAGAUCACCGCCACCCACUUCCAGGGCGUGCGGCUGGACAACUGCCACUCCACGCCCAUCCACGUGGCCGAGUACAUGCUGGACGCCGCCCGGAGGCUGCAGCCCAACCUGUACGUGGUGGCGGAGCUGUUCACCGGCAGCGAGGAGCUGGACAACAUCUUCGUCACCAGGCUGGGCAUCAGCUCCCUGAUCCGAGAGGCCAUGAGCGCGCACAACAGCCACGAGGAGGGCCGGCUGGUCUACCGCUACGGCGGCAAGCCCGUGGGCUCCUUCGUGCAGCCCUGCCUGCGGCCCCUGAUGCCGGCCAUCGCCCACGCCCUGUUCAUGGACAUCACCCACGACAACGAGUGCCCCAUUGUGCACAGAUCCGCCUACGACGCCCUCCCGAGCGCCACGAUCGUCUCCAUGGCGUGCUGUGCGAGCGGGAGCACCCGCGGCUACGACGAGCUGGUGCCGCACCAGAUCUCAGUGGUAGCCGAAGAGCGGCUCUACACCAAGUGGAACCCCGAGGCCUCGCCGUCGAACCCGGGCGAAGUGAACUUCCAGAGCGGGAUCCUCGCGGCCAGGCGCGCCAUCAACGCCCUCCACCAGGAGCUCGGAGCUGGCGGCUUCCUCCAGGUGUACGUGGACCAGGUGGACGAGGACAUCGUGGCGGUGACCAGGCACUCCCCCAGCAGCCACCAGUCCGUGGUGGCCGUGUGCAGGACCGCGUUCCGGAACCCCAAGACCUCCUUCUACAGCAAGGAGGUGCCCCAGAUGUGCAUCCCCGGUAAAAUCGAAGAGGUCGUGCUUGAAGCUAGAACCAUCGAGAGGAACGCAAACCCGUACAAGAAGGAUGAGAAGUGCAUCAACGGGAUGCCCACCGUCACCGUGGAGAUCAGGGAACACAUCCAGCUCCACCAGAGCAAGAUCGUGAAGCACGCCGGCGUCACCACCAAGGGGCCCCGCGAGUACAUCCAGGAGAUCGAGUUCGAGAACCUGUCUCCGGGAAGCGUCGUCGUGUUCCGCGUGAGCCUGGACCCCCACGCCCAGGUGGCCGUCGGGAUCCUCCGGAGUCACCUGACGCAGUUCAGCCCUCACUUCAAGGCCGGCAGCCUCGUGGUGGACAACUCGGACCCCAUUCUGAAAGUCCCCUUCACGUCCAUCGCCUCCAGGCUGACGCUGGCCGAGCUGAACCAGGUGCUGUACCGCUGCGAGGCCGAGGAGCGCGAGGACGGCGGCGGCUGCUACGACGUGCCCCGCUGGGCGCCGCUCAAGUACGCGGGCCUGCAAGGGCUGAUGUCCGUGUUGGCAGAGAUCAGGCCCAAGAACGACCUGGGGCACCCCUUCUGUGACAACCUGAGAGCCGGCGACUGGAUGAUCGACUACGUCAGCGGCCGGCUCCUCUCCCGACCGGGAGCUGUGGCCGAGGUGGGCCAGUGGCUGCAGGCCAUGUUCUUCUACCUGAAGCAGAUCCCGCGCUACCUGAUCCCCUGCUACUUCGACGCCGUGCUGAUCGGCGCCUACACCACGCUCCUGGACGCGGCGUGGAAGCAGAUGUCCAGCUUCGUCCAGAACGGCUCCACCUUCGUGAAGCACCUGGCGCUGGGCUCGGUGCAGAUGUGCGGGGUGGGGCGGUUCCCCUGCCUGCCCCGGCUCUCGCCCGCCCUGCCCGACGUGCCCUACCGGCUGAACGAGGCCACUCGGGAGCCGGAGCAGUGCUGCGUGUCCCUGGCAGCAGGCUUGCCUCACUUUUCUUCUGGAAUCUUCCGCUGCUGGGGCCGGGACACUUUCAUCGCGCUGCGCGGCCUCCUGCUGCUCACGGGGCGCUACGUGGAGGCCAGGAACAUCAUCCUGGCCUUCGCCGGGACCCUGCGGCACGGGCUCAUCCCCAACCUGCUGGGCGAGGGCACGGCCGCCCGCUACAACUGCCGGGACGCCGUGUGGUGGUGGCUGCAGUGCAUCCAGGACUACUGCGGCCUGGCGCCCGACGGGCUGGGCCUGCUCCGCUGCCCCGUGGCCCGGCUCUACCCCACCGACGACUCCACGCCGCUGCCCGCCGGCACCGUGGAGCAGCCGCUGUUCGAGGUGAUCCAGGAGGCUCUGCAGAGGCACCUGCAGGGCAUCCAGUUCCGGGAGCGGAACGCCGGGCCCCAGAUCGACCGCAACAUGAAGGACGAAGGGUUCAGCAUCACCGCCGGCGUGGACGCCGAGACGGGGUUUGUGUUCGGAGGAAACCGCUUCAACUGCGGCACCUGGAUGGACAAGAUGGGGGAGAGCGACCGGGCCCGCAACCGCGGCGUCCCCGCCACGCCCAGGGACGGCUCCGCCGUGGAGAUCGUGGGCCUGAGCAAGUCGGCCGUGCGGUGGCUGCGGGACCUUUCCCGGAAGAACAUCUUCCCGUACCGCGAGGUCACGGUGCACAGACACGGCAAGGCCGAGAAGGUCUCCUACGAGGCGUGGGACCAGCGGAUCCAGGAGCACUUCGAGAAGCUGUUCUACGUGUCCGAGGACCCGGCCGACCCGCACGAGCAGCACCCGGAGCUGGUGCACAAGCGGGGCAUCUACAAGGACAGCCACGGCGCGUCCAGCCCCUGGUGCGACUACCAGCUGCGGCCCAACUUCGCCGUGGCCAUGGUGGUGGCCCCCGAGCUGUUCACGGCGGAGAAGGCGUGGAAAGCCCUGGCCGUGGCGGAGGAGAAGCUGCUCGGGCCCCUGGGCAUGCGGACCCUGGACCCAGACGACAUGGUGUACUGCGGGGUGUAUGACAACGCCUUGGACAACGACAACUACAACCUGGCGAAAGGCUUCAACUACCACCAGGGCCCGGAGUGGCUGUGGCCCGUGGGCUAUUUUCUUCGUGCAAAACUGUAUUUUUCCAAACUGAUGGGGCCGGAGACCCACGCCAAGACGAUAUUCCUGGUUAAAAACGUCCUCUCUCGGCACUAUGUUCACCUCGAGAGGUCCCCGUGGAAAGGGCUCCCGGAGCUGACCAACGAGCACGGCCAGCACUGCCCCUUCAGCUGCGAGACGCAAGCCUGGUCCAUCGCCACGGUCCUCGAGACGCUCUAUGACUUGUAG